AUGGCGCUGACCUGGCUUCCUGCUGCCCUCCAGCACAGAGCAAGCAGCGGGCUGAGGCUGGCCAGCCACAGGGCCCGGGUCACUGGGCCUGUAACUGAGGGCGGGGACCUCAACCUCGCCCUUCUGCGUCCAGACUCCGCCCCUCCGUCCACGGUCCCGCCCACAGCUCCCGGCAACCCCUGCGCCGCAGCCGCGGGGGCAGGACUCCAACUCCCGCCAUGCCACGGGCCCUGGGCUCCGGAGCUCCAUAGCCCACAAGACACCGUGCGCCUCGGGAGCCGCUCUAGCACUCAGUCCGCCGCACUCGCCUGCGAGAAGGACGGGUCCCCGGAAGGUCCAUCCCGAGUUCCGGCUGCCUGCAGCACGGCGUUCACACCGUCACCCCUGGAUCUCAUCUUGAAGAACUUUGGCUGUCUUUGCGCGCUGGGGCGGGGGCUGGAGACCGAGACCUCGCCUCGGUGCUCAUUGGUCUUGCCGGGGACUGGAGGCCACAACCGCUUGCUGAAUGCAUGCGCCAGUGGCGUCGCCCGAGACCAGAAUGGUGGAUCACCUGCUGAUGGUCUCUUGGCACCAGAGAGUCCACUUUUACCGUUGAUGAGCCAUCUCCCUAUCCAUGAGGAGGCCACCGUUGGCGUUAGAGUUCACCUUGCACCACGUCUGUGUUAGAGGCGCCUCCAGCACCCAGACACACACGUACCUGCUCUGCACAGCUCGCUCUCUGGCAUCUAAUCACAUCGUGGUCUGGGCACAGUGGCGCACACCUGCAGUUCCAGGGUUUUGGGAGGCUGAGGCAGGAGGAUCACAAGUUCAAGGCCAGGCUCAGCUGUAUAGUAAGACCCUGUCUAAAAAUAAAAAAUAAACAGGA